AUGACUCACUCUGGUAGGAAGCAUCGCCGAAGCAUCAAUCGCGCUGCAGGAAGUACAACAGGGACCAAAAUCGCUGAUGUCGAUUCUGGCAAGGCUGACGUGGCAGAAGGCGCGGUGCCGCCAGCUGUGAUCGCGGACCUUAUCGCCUUUCUUCAACAAGAGCUGCCGAAGCUGUUCGUGGAAGGGGGCAUGAGCUCGGCGCGCUUUGCGGAUAAAGUGGAGUUCGAGGACCCCAUAACGCGCUACGACACUCUGGCGGGAUACCUCUUUAAUAUCCAGAUGCUGCGGUACCUAUUCCACCCCGUCUUCAUUCUCCAAGACACGUAUCAGUCCGGCCCUGCAGAGAUCACAACGCGGUGGACCAUGAAGAUGUACUUCUGGCUGCUGCCAUGGCGCCCCGAGGUGGUCUUCACAGGCCUCUCAAUCUACGGCAUCGACCCUCAGUCGCAGCAGUUCAUCAGUCACAGGGACGUGUGGGACUCCAUUCAGGACAACGGCUACUUCUCUCAGGAGGGCCUCCGGGACUUGAUUAAGCAGAUGAUGACGCUCUACUCUCCCCCUGCUCAAUUGAACUCUCCGCCGAUUGAUGUUCUCCUUCGUCGAGCAAGCUAUGAGGUGCGGGACUACCCUGCCUUCCAAGUCGUUCAUUUCCGCUCGCCCAUCCAAUCAGCGAUUGACAUCUGGCCCUCUGCUCCUGGCACUCCCCCCAGCCCAGCAGUGGAGAAGCUUAGGAGGUACUUCCAGGGAGCCAACAUCCAGACAAAAACUAUUCCCGAGGGCCCACUCAUGCUCAUCAGCCCUCCAGAUUCCUCUGGGCAGGAUAAAAUUCUGGCAAUUGCGGUGCCUCUACAUGCUGAUGCUCCCACGCCGACCGAUCCUGACCUGACUGUUGCCACGAUGCCACGUGGCACAUGGGCGGCAGCAUCAUUUGGAGGGCUGCCAUUGGUAGAAACAUUCUCAUCUGCAGCUGCUGCUCUGCGCGCCAACGCCACCUCUGAUAGCCUGCUACUGGCCUCAAGAGGGGCUGGCUCUGAUGGUGCUACAGCCGCUCCUGGCAGCACUGCCACAGAUGUUGUGCAGAGUGGUUUGACGUUGGGUGCUGCUGCCUCAGCGCUGGUGUCCUACCCUAGUGGCUCCCCGAUUCCGUUUCUGAAGAGAAACGAGGUGCUCUACAGACUGGAAGAUUUCACGUUGGAGUCUGUCGGAAAGACUAUCAAUCUUAUAUAA